UCGCUGUGUGCGCCGCUCGCUUCAUCCGAGGAAGAGAUGCAGAGGAGUCGAGCGCGUCCGUGCGGCUCGCCAUCACGCUGAAAAAACGAAACUGCGAUUACGACUCGUUACGACUCGACGACCUCUGCUGAGCACGAACACGCAGGCUAAUUCAUUGGCGCGGGGGGUGGUCUAGUCCGUGGACGCGUAUGCAUGUGUUCCGCACCGAACGGGCGAAAGAGCCGCCCCGGAUCCGCAGGCCGCAUGUUUCAGCUGGGCAAAGCGGCGCGCAGCGAACCCGAGCGGCGGGAGAGCACGGACAGCGCCCGCAGGGGAGGACAGCGGGCUCUGGAGCACUGCAGAGCGGCGGUGCAGGAGUUUAACACUCUGGUGGCACUCUACCGUGAGCAGGUCAUCUCCAUAGGAGAGAUCACGUCCGAUUGUCCAGCUCUGAGGGCACGUAUGCACAGCACACGCACCAAAGGCUGCACGGUGGCUCAGAGCGCCUACCAGCACCUUACACUCAUCUCUGGGCCAGAGGAUGGCGAAAUCCACCCUGAAAUCUGCAGGCUUUUCAUCCAGCUGCAGUGCUGCUUGGAGAUGUACAUCACCGAGAUGCUCAAGUCCUUGUGUAUGUUGGGUGUGCUGCAGCUCCACAGGAAAGGAAACGAGUCGUGUCCUGAAUCAAAUGCAGACUGCAGGGUGGACGAAAGCUCUGAUGUCCCCAUAUUGGAGGACAGGUCUUCAUCACCUGUCGACUUCCCCCAUGAAUCCUGGCUUGUAUGCACAGAUAUUGAGAAUAUAGAGAGUGACAUGCGUGAGAUGAGAAAUCUGCUAAGCAAACUCAGGGAGACCAUGCCUUUGCCACUGAAGAACCAAGAUGACAGCAGUUUGCUAAACCUGACACCCUACCCACUGGUGAGGCAGAGGAAGAGGCGUUUCUCUGGGCUCUGCUGCCUUGUGUCGGGAUGAACCACCCACAGUCUUCGCCUCUCAAAAAGCAACUUCAAGUUCCACUUGUCUAAUUCGUUCACUGUAAAUGUGCAGCAGCAAUCUAACUCUGUCACCACCAUCACUACAGACUACACUACAUUCUUUACUAGAGAGUGCAAACAGAAAUGCCCUACCCAACCUCCAUUACGCCACCACACUCUGCCCCAACCUGCCUAGCCACACCCUUCCAUACACCAACACACUCUGCCGCAGCCUGCCUAGCACACCCUUCCAUACACCACCACACUCUGCCCCAACCUGCCUAGCCACACCCUUCCAUACACCACCACACUCUGCCCAACCUGCCUAACCACACCCUUCCAUACACCACCACACUCUGCCGCAGGCUGCCCUGCCCCGCCCUCCAAUACACCACCACACGCUGCCCCAACUUGUCCAGCCCUACCCUGCCAUACACCACCACACUCUGCCUCAACCUGCCUGCCCCACCCUCCCAUAGUUCCACUUGUCUAAUUCGUUCACUGUAAAUGUGCAGCAGCAAUCUAACUCUGUCACCACCAUCACUACAGACUACACUACAUUCUUUACUAGAGAGUGCAAACAGAAAUGCCCUACCCAACCUCCAUUACGCCACCACACUCUGCCCCAACCUGCCUAGCACACCCUUCCAUACACCAACACACUCUGCCGCAGCCUGCCUAGCACACCCUUCCAUACACCACCACACUCUGCCCCAACCUGCCUAGC